AUGCAUAAUUUAUUCCUGGGAACGCCUAAAAGAUUGAUGGAUCAUUGGAUCAAAGACAAAGACAUUCAAGAUGGCGAUUUUGUGGCAAUGCAGAAGACUGCAGAAAUGAUGAUUGUGCCUGAUGCUCUUGCAAAAGACAGAUUCGAAAACUGGAUUAACUUUGAUAAUGUAUGCUGCCUGUUGAUCAAGCCAACAAUCACGUUUGAUGAAGUCAACACUGCCCAUCAGUUUCUUCAAACUUUUUGCACCAGAUGUGACGAGCCGUACAAUGCCAAAAUCCUCACCUGUAAUAUGCACCUACACCUUCAUCUUCGAGAUACAAUUCGUGAUUUUGGACCAGUAUACAGUUAUUGGCUAUUUGGGUUUGAGCGAUUUAACAGGUUGUUAAAAAAUUUGAAGACAAACAGGAAGAUCAGGUUUGAAGAAACAUUUAUGAAGAAAUUUAUUGAAGAUGUGCACAAAGACGAUCUUGUCAACAGUUUCCUUCAGAGUAUCCGCCAGACAUCUGCAUUUCCUCUCCUUACCAAACUCACUUCUUCCUUUACACCCGCCACCAUUCCAUCCAUCUGUCAACGUACCUUCCGCAUACAGUCAUUUGUUGAGGCUUCUGAAGAUCAAAAUGUACUUGUAAAAGGCAACGAACCUCUCCCUCCUUCUGCAUUCCCUCUAUCAUUAAAAUCCGCUACCACAAUGAGUGACAUUCACUAUGUUCAUCUCUUACAAUACUACAAAGUUGCGUCUACAAGGGUAAAGGUGAAUCUGGAAGUCGUGGCUCUCUUGUACAAGCAAAGUUCAUUGGAAGUACUGGUGAGCAUAUCAUUGCAUACACGGGUCAAAUACAGUACAUUUUCACCCAUUCUUUCACUCCUCCACCCACCUCUUCAUCCCUUACUCCCUUGCUCCGCACCCAUCGCCACCCAACACAACUUCUUUACAAUUCUCAACAUAUUUUUGCAUUUAUCAAAUGGUACACACCCGAAAAUGAUAAAUCGCGAGAGUACAAACACGUUGAAACCUGCUUUCCAACAUUUUCUCCUGACGAUUUCCAAUGUGUAUUGCCAGUGCAUAGAAUUAUGUUAG